AUGCAAAUCUCACUCCUCGCCGUCUUUCUAUUCAUACUUGACCUCGUCCAAGCCGAGGACUCUAUUGUGGGCGGCAGAGAUACCACCAUCGAAGAGCACCCUUUUCAACUGAGUCUUCAACAUUAUGGGCGUUCAGCAUGCGGCGCUACCAUUUUAUCCAGCAAUAUGGCCCUGACCUCUGCGCACUGUACCGAUGGUUUAUCCGCAUCAUCCCUGACUGUCAGAGCCGGCUCUAGCUUUAGAGGGCAAGGGGGACAAGUCCUCCAAGUCUCGAAAAUAUCCCAGCAUCCCCUCUAUAAUCCCCAAACUCACGACAAUGAUGUCUCCGUUUUGAUCCUCAGCGGAAGGAUUCAUGGAGCUGAAGCACACCCGAUAGGUCUCCAGCCUGAAGGAGCCGAGGUGUCGGUAGGUACCCUUGGGACAAUUACUGGAUGGGGCAUUUUAAGCAGUGGUGGAUCCCAACCUUCUCAGUUACAGGAGGCCGAAGUAGCCAAAAUAAGCGACAAACAAUGCCAGGAAGCAUAUGGUAAUAUUACAUCUAUUACAUCCAGUAUGCAUUGCUUCGAGAUACAGGGGAAGGGUGCUUGCCAAGGAGAUUAUGGUGGUCCUGUUGUUAUACAUGGUGUACAAGUUGGAAUCAUUUCCUUUGGCAAAGGCUGCGCCAAUGACGACUAUCCUGGUGUAUAUACAAAAAUUAGCAACCCAGUGAUAUAG